CCCAGCUCGCUGGUGGCGGUGGCUGUCGCCAUGGGCCUCGCUGCGCUGCUGCUGCCGGCGCUGCUUUUGCCGCUGGCGGUGUCCGCGGGCGGCCCGGAGGUGCGCAGCCUGCGGGGGAGCUGGCGGCUCCGCAGCGGGAACGGCUCGGUGGCGCUGCGAGCGGAGGUGCCGGGCUGCGUGCACACCGCGCUGCUCGGCCGGGGCCUCAUCCAGGAUCCAUACUAUAGAUUUAAUGAUGUGAUGUACAGAUGGAUCUCACUAGAUAACUGGACUUACAGCAGGAUGUUCAAAACUCCUUUCGACAUCAGAAAGUGGCAGAAAAUUAAUUUGGUUUUUGAGGGAGUAGAUACAGUAGCACAGAUCCUGCUCAACAAUGUCACUCUCGGAAGAACAGACAACAUGUUCAACAGAUAUAGCUUUGAUAUUACCAGCAUGAUCCAGGAGGUCAAUUUGGUUGAAGUCCGUUUCUUGUCAGCUGUUUCAUAUGCAGCGGAGCAGAGCAGAUGUUACAAAGCACACAGCAUCCCCCCAGCGUGCCCUCCACCUGUGCAGAAAGGAGAGUGCCACGUUAAUUUCAUCAGAAAGGAGCAAUGCUCAUUUAGUUGGGAUUGGGGCCCUUCUUUUCCCACUCAAGGAAUCUGGAAAGAUGUUAGGAUUGAGGCCUAUAACCAUUAUCACCUGAUUUACUUUUCUAUAACUCCUUUCUUUGCAAAGAGUGUUCAGCAGUGGUAUCUUGAAGUCGAGUCUAUUUUUGAUGUAGUCAGCUCCAAGCCAAUUGCAGGUCUUGUGACUGUGAACAUCCCCAGGUUACAAACGCAGCAGACAUUCAGUGUGAAGCUUCAACCUGGAGAAGGCAGUAUUGUGCUGCUUGUAAACAUCAACAAGAGUGCUGCAGUGGAGGCUUGGUGGCCAAAUGGACAUGGAAAACAAACUGGAUACAACAUGACAACAACUUUCAUGAUGGAGGCAGGAUGGCAGAUGGAGAAGUUUUCAAAGGUUUAUUUUCGGACAGUAGAACUUGUUCAGGAGCCUAUUCCUGGCUCACCAGGUCUGAGUUUCUACUUCAGAAUCAAUGGCAGACCCAUUUUUAUUAAGGGCUCAAACUGGAUUCCAGCAGAUUCUUUCCAGGACAGAGUGACCUAUGACACACUAAGGCUACUCUUGAAGUCUGCAGCAGAUGCUAACAUGAAUGCCCUUCGGGUUUGGGGAGGAGGAAUAUAUGAACAAGAUGAAUUUUACAAUAUUUGUGAUGAAAUAGGAAUAAUGAUUUGGCAGGAUUUUAUGUUUGCGUGUGCGCUAUAUCCAACUGACCAGAAUUAUUUAGAAUCUGUAAGAGCAGAAGUUUCUCAUCAGGUGCGACGUUUAAAAUCUCAUCCAUCGAUUAUUCUUUGGAGUGGUAACAAUGAAAAUGAAGCAGCAAUUGCAAGCAACUGGUUCUCCAUACCUUAUUCUGACAUAGGAGUCUAUAUCAAAGACUAUGUGACCCUUUAUGUGAAGAACAUACGUGAAAUAGUCCUUAGUGAAGAUAAGAGUCGUCCUUUUGUUACAUCCAGUCCCACCAAUGGCUUGGAGUCAGUUAAAGAAGGCUGGCUCUCCCAGAAUCCUUAUGACACCCAUUACGGUGACACACACUUUUAUGACUACAACAGUGACUGCUGGAACUGGACAGUGUAUCCUAAAACUCGUUUUGCUUCAGAGUAUGGAUUUCAGUCCUGGCCUUCCUUCAGUACAAUUGAAAAGGUUUCCUCCCCUGAGGACUGGUCCUACACAAGCAAUUUUUCUCUCCAUCGGCAGCACCAUGAAGGUGGCAAUAUUCAGAUGCUUCAAGAGAUUGGGCGUCAUUUCAAGCUUCCCCAGAGCUCAGAUCCUGUAAAGCAGUUCAAAGAUAUGAUUUACCUCACUCAGGUGAUGCAGGCUCAGUGUAUAAAGACAGAAACUGAAUUCUAUCGUUUUAGUCAAAGUGAAAUAAUCAAUGGAGAAGGACACACAAUGGGAGCUCUGUACUGGCAACUCAAUGACAUUUGGCAGGCUCCUUCAUGGGCUUCCUUGGAGUAUGGUGGUAAGUGGAAACUGCUCCAUUAUUUUGCCCAGAACUUCUUUGCACCACUGCUGCCUGUGGCCUAUGAAGAUAAAGGGAUGUUGCACAUUUAUGGUGUCUCAGAUCUUCAUGAGGACCACAAGCUGACUUUGAGGGUCGUUGUGCACGCCUGGAGCUCUUUGGAGCCCGUAUGCACCCUUGCCAAAGAAGGUGUGACUGUUAAAGCACAAAGUGCUGUCCCCAUCUACAAGGAGUCCAUCAGUGACCUUCUGGAAAGAUGCAGAAAUUGUACCAGGAAAAGCUGUGUUAUUACUUUCUGUCUCGUGGGAGAAGAUGGGCUCCAGAGUCCUACAAACCAUUACUUCCUUUCAUCACUCAGGGAUGCUGUGGGAUUAGAGAAGACCCAGCUUAGUGCCUCUGUAUCCCAACAAGAUGACAUUUAUAUAUUUGUUCUUCAGACCACUGCAAUUGCUCCUUUUGUUACUCUGGAUGUAGGGAGUAUAAAAGGCAGAUUUAGUGAUAAUGGUUUCCUCAUGACUGAAAAGAAGAAAAUGGUUGUGUUUUAUCCUUGGGAACCUACCAGUGUUGAAGAGCUAAAAAGUUCACUAAUCUUGACCUCCCUACUGGAUGUUGUCUGAGAAUACUUCAUUUCCUUCUAAAUAAAGAAGGAAACAGGAGGAGAUAAAAAAAUAAGAAGAAUUUGGCUGAAGCUGAAAUGACGUGCACUGUGAGCUCACUGAAGAACACACUGUCUCUUCUUGUCAUGUUAUCUUUACAUUGAAUCAGCAGUUAAAAUUAACAACAGCAAAGUUUACAUAAUAUAUGUGGUGUAUUGAAAGCACAUCCAUAUUUUUUUCUAGUUUCACUAUGCUGUAAGUGGAAAUUCAUUUUAGGAUAACAGCAAGGUAUGCUGGGAGCAAGGCAGAAGGACAGGGAGGGAAGCUGGGACUACCUCCACUAGGCCAUGGAGCCAUUCCAUGGGCAGGUUGCUAAACAUUUGGCUUGUCUCUCAGCUGUGGUUUGAAAUGCAGCUGGGAUCUUGCUGGGGUUCCACAAGGAUCCUCUGUCCACCCAGGCAAAUACUAAUUUUCUUGCAGAGCAGAAUCAGCAUCACAGUAGGUGGAGUUUGAACGAGCUCUGUCCCUGAUGUCCCUCGCUCUCGUAAAAGCAGCAUGUGGGCAUUACUUGCUCGUGGUGUGGGGGGUUUGGAGCACGUGUGGGGGGAGCAGCUCUGUGUUCCACUGGAGAACUCAGACUCGAGUUGUGAUCGCAGUAUUAAUGAGCAUGUUGAUGCUUUGGUGUUAACCAAAACCGACAUACUCCUGAGCAAGAGGAAGAACUUGUAGAUGAAAGGGAAAUGAUUAAUUAAGAGUUUCUUACAAAUGCUUUAUUGGGUCACCAAAACAACUAACUGUAGUUGGAUCUGGUUCAAAACAAGACCUAACUAAAAGAAGAUAUGAAAACAAUCCAAAUAUGGAUGUGUAUAUGCCAAUGUUUAUAGAUUUUGUAAAAUAGAUAGGAAAAAUGACAGUCAUGAGUAAAACCUAACAAAUGCAGGCGCUGACAAAGGAAAUUAAAAAGCUAUUCUGAGAGACAUCAUGGGCUAACAAUACCAGAAAAAUCCUUCUGGUUUUUUUGGUGUCCUGGAAUCAAGGUGGAAUCAAAGCAGCAGUAAAGUCAAUACAAGGUAAGAAAAAAAAAGUGGAGAAAAUAUGAUUAUUAUGUACUGCUGCAGUGUAUUAGAAAAAGAGCAAGUCUCGAUGUCUUUCUUUUACAUUGAUGGAGAAAUGUCUUUUCCAGCAACAUCUAGAUAGACUUUCAAAAUGGCACUUAAUAAUGUUAAAUAAAUAAAACUUUGGAGGAAUCACUUGUUUAGAGACAAUCAAGAGACCUAUCUGGAGAUCAGUGAUAUUUGUCUCAGCAUAUGAGUGAAGUCUGAGAUAUGUAGAAAAACUUUUGGAUUGCUAGAAGCAAAACCUGUUCACUAAUUUGGAUAGCUGUGAUCUCAUCUAGCCUGUCAUAAUUUUUAGGCAAAAUCUUGAAAGAAAUGAUGUAGUACAUGAUUAAUAAGCGAUGAAGUGGCUAUACAAAUGAAGUCUGCCAACACAGUUAUACAUAACAGCAUUCUAUUAUUUUUUUCCCCUGUUGCUUUUUGCAAUUACGAGAUUGACAGAGCAAAGUUUGGGCAAUUUUUUAAAUUAUUGCUGUUUUUGAAGGUCAGGAGCUCCCUGAGGGGUAGGUCUCUUCUUUUCAAUGAAAAUCUUUAAUUCAGCACUAGGUGCCAUUAUGAAAGAUUAGCAAUUGCUUAAGCCAAAUACUUGAACUCAAAACAGAAUUUAAAGGGGAAGGUUGACUGCCAUUAUUGUUUUAAUAUCCUUAAUAUGUUCUUUUGGUUUCCUGGUGUUGUAGCAGGUGUAUAUUUACAGAAGCUGUUUUCUCACCAUGCAGCAGUGGCUGUAAGGUGUGUUUUAGUUAACCAGUGUUACUUUAGCAGUGGCAUCGUGUGCUAUACUGGUUACAUUGUUCUGCCUUUGUCUCAGAUUGGGGCAGAAAUGGGGAAGGCAGCACUGGUACCCUGCCCUCCUAUCCACGUACCCAUCUUGCCAGCUGAGUGUUGUUACAGCUGCAGCAGCACCUGUACUGCCAAUUCUUGUUGAUGGGGGUUUGGCAGCAGGAGCCUUAGGAGAGCAUUUGGUAGCUAUGGUGCUUGUCCUCAGUGUCUUUACAUUAUUGGUGGCAGCAGUCGAGGGGACUGGCCGUGCCAUUGUUCUUUCAUUGCUGCCUUGCCAUGUCUUGUUAAGGACUGGUGAAUUCUCUUGUGCUGAUGGCCUUUGUUUGCUCCUGGGCCCCUCUGGGCUGUUGUCCACUGAUGGCAAAAGCAGCAGCCAGAGUGCCCCACAGCCAUGACAAAUGCCCUUCGAGAACAGAACUCGAGAACAGUUUUGGGAAGAAAACUGUAUGGUGUUGGCUAAUCUGUAGUCCUAAAACCAUUCUCUGGCUGGGAUUUAGGUGUGAACACAUUCUGGGCUUGCAGAGACCAUUUUGAGCUUUGGAGGGCACCAGUUUGUACUUUUUGACACACAAGGAAGACUUAUUUUUCUCCAGUUUACUGAAGCAUGUCCUUGGAACUUUUUCAAGUUCUGCAUCUUCUCCAGGAAAGAAGCAUGCGAAUAUAUCUAAAAAUUGCUCUCUAAGUAACUGUUCAUAGUUCUGUUAGUCUUUCUUGUUACCUGCUGUUUGCAUACCUUGUGGUCUGGACAAAUUUUCUGCCUUAGAGGCACAUCUUUCUUCCAUACUGUUACUUCUGUUAGUUCCCUUUUGGUUUGGAGAUGUGUAGCGAGACCAUUUCAGUGACUUGAACCAGUGUCAGGAGCAGAGAAAUGGGCCAUUGACUUUAUUUUCAGUACAGGAGAGCUGGGGUUUGAAGCUUACAAGCAAGCCUUUUUAUUGUCAGAAAUAAACAGAAUCACUCUUUUCUUUCUUACCUACUUAGGGUACUAGGAACUCACGGUUUGAAAUUUUUAGAACCGUUUUCAAUCCAAGAGUUGUGUUUACAUAACCCUGCUUUCCAGUCAGAUGUUAUAAGGUAGCAAAACAAAAGCCCCAAAUUCAUUCAAUUAGUGUAGAAAACCAAAACUUAAAUGAAAAAAGGCCAUCUCUAUAAGAAGUAGAGUCAGUCAGCAGAGACCUUUAAGUACCUGAGCUAGUGCUCUCCUGCAUUGUCUAUAUGGCAAAGGUGACUGGAUGGCUGAAAAAUCCUAUAGCACAUAGGUUUAAAUGAGCCCAUGGGAAUCCUCUGCAGCCUUGGAAAAACAUACUCCAGCUUGGCUCCAAGUGGGACAUCAGGCUGUUUCAUAAUGCUGAAAGGAGAAAAUCAACUCCUUGGGAAUUAACUUGCGUUGUCUUUUGUUGUAGGAGGAGUCUCGAAGCCAGCAAAAGUUUGGCCUGUGCCAUUUGCCAUUACUCUAGAACGGCUUUAUUUCAUCCAGACAUGAUCAUCCAGAAAGGCCAGACGCUGUGGAUGGUGAGUGAGUAUUGACCACUGCACACUGAGCUAGCAAAUGGGCACAACCAUUCCUGUCACUGUAAUUGGGGGAAGCAAGGAGAGUGACUCUUUUUCCUUAAAUGUGUGAAAAAAGCAUUUUACUUUCCAGGCAAUGGAGAAAAGACAGUUCAUACACCACUACAUGUAGGUAAGAUCUUUAUCCUUGCAAUCCAGAGAAUCUCAGAAUGCUGCUUAGAGCUUCCCACUACUAGUGAUUUCCAAGUUUGUACAUACAUACCAAGAUGAUGCCAGGAAACGUACAGCUGUAGCAGCCAAUCUAAAAUCAAGAGCAGUUUAACUUUCUGAAUCAUUCAUUUUAUAUCAGAUGUAGAGAAAAUCUGAAGAGAUCUGUUGUCACAACUUUUGCUGCUUUCUAUAAGUUUCUGAUGUUUGUUACCACAGCAGAGUAGCAGAAUAACAGAGUGAGCUCUAUUCCACUGCACAUACAGAUUGAGGUUUCUCUCUAUAAGCCAGGUGUAGACAGACACACUCAGUAGUAUUUUUCUAUCUCUAAACAAAGGGAAAAAACCUAAAAAGAUUAAAGCCUUUUUAAUAAAUACACUGAAACUGAGAAGCUACGAGACUGUCAUUUAAUACACUUCCCUACACAGGGCCUAGGGGCCCUCCUGUGGAUGAUCACUAACCUGAUAAACAGCUAUUAUGCAACAACAUCUGGUCAUGAAGGGCUUUAAGGAAAUUUAGAUCCAGGUGGUUUAAAAGCAGAGCUGGUCAGAACUAAAGCUAAAAGGUGUGCAUAACAGCCAGGGUGCCCUGGUGACCUGCAGGAUUGUAGAAACCUCAGUAAAAAUCUCUGCCAGCACCAUGAACUGUGUUAGAAAUUCUUUGGAAGCAGAAGGUGUGUUUUAAUUGUACAGCUCUCCUGGGGCUCAAAAAGCCCCCUCCACUCCUGGAAUAUGAGAACCUUUGCCUGUUUCUAUUAGAGCUGAAAUACAACUAGAACACUGGAGAAGUACAUUAAUUGUACAAAAAUCUAUAUGCCUUAGACACUGCCUAGAUGAGGGUUAUAGAUAUAAGGACUGAAAGAUAGAAUGGCACUUUUACUAUUACUCAUCUUCUCUGGAAGUAAUUAAUGUUCUCAGUAAUUCAGCUGGAUUAUAAAAUUAAUUCACAAGUUUUUUUCAUUAGUCAUAGUUCAAUUCAUUACAGCAGCUACCACUCUAAACAUAACCAUUUUCAAGGUUUAUUUUGAUUCAUUUUCUCAGGAGUGACACCCAGGGUACUGAAGACUGAGCUGAGCCAAGAACCACACUGUCAACACUCCAUCUUUGUGUCACAAAAAUUGGCUAGAAGUAAGUGACAAUGACCCUCUUGGCUUUUUCAUCAUGAACUCUGAUGCCCGUUCUGUUUAGUUGGGCCAACAUAAAUUACAGGACACUCACCAUCUCAGAAUUUGAUGUCAGACAAGAAGAAACACUGCUCAUGAGCACAAUUACUAACGGAGAUUCUAGAUAGCCCAAAGGAGAGCUGUCUCAUCAGAAAUUUGCUGAGACACUAAAUAGUUGGUUUUAGUGUAAAUGAUUCUAUACUGCCAUAAUGAUGAGAUCUAAAACAAGGAACAGGCUUUAAUCUCAAAGCACAGCUGCUCAGCAGUAGCUGAUGGUCCUGCUCUCCCUCCAUAAAAGAUACUUUAACUUUAGGACAGGUGGCUUGCAACCUUUCAUUUAUUUUAGUGCUUGGAAAUCAGCAUGAUCAUGUAUCAAUGCCUAAAACUGCAUCUAAAUCUUCAAUACCGCUUGAAAAGUAAUGUAAAAAUCACAGCAAGCACAGACAGGAGAAUUAAUUUUGGGGUUUUAUUAUAAAAGUAAAAUAAAAAUAAGCAUUUAAAAAGCACGCUUUUUCAAAAAGGAACAGAUAUAAAAAACUAUUUACAAGUAGGAAAAUGUCAAACUUGAAAAAUUUUUUGAAUAAGAGGCACCAAAGUUAAGUUAAAAUACAUUAUUUGAAAUAUACAAGAUUCUUUCAGGAUUCUCUUUUUAUGCCAAGUUGUCACUGUUGUGAUUAAAGUAAUGAUUUUUUUUGCCAGCUAUUUUAUAAGCUGUUUGCAUGCAACCGUGCUGCAAAAAUUAUGAAGAGAGCAGCUACAUACUGUAUCCUCUGAUUGCUCGUGUGCUUAACCUCUUUAGUAAGUUUGUAUUAUGCAUUAACAACUUCUUUUUUAUCUGUAAAAGAAAAUCCUCACAGGCCAGGGAAGCUCAGUCAGUCUUUCACAGCAUCCAGACCUGUGUAUUGAUGCAGCAGUGGAGCCCUGGUUGUUGUAAAUGGCUUGUAAAUGAACACAAUUAAAUGUACUUGAGGAAGGAAGCAGUGGCCAGGAGUCACAUGCUGCAGUUGCUAUUUUUUCGGGUUCAGGUGGGAUUCUUCCAGUGCAGUUUUGGUUGUGAGUUCCCUUCCCUCUGGCCAGGACGACACUGAUGUAAUUUGAAAUGUCCCAUUUGUUCCUGUAACUGCAUAUUGCUAAUUGAAGAUCACUAGUCAGCUAUGUAAUUGCUUUGCCCUGAACUUUCAUGUCCAUAGCCCAGGGCCAUUUUGCCAAGUGUUAGUGAGGACUUGCUGGUCAGAGAGUCUGAGGAAGUGAAGCUCAGCUUGCGGAAGGAGGUCUCCACACCACUGUCACAGAUUUAUUUUUGAGACAAACACUUGAAGAGCUUUUAUCUAGUAAGUGACCCCAAAUAGGAACAAGUCAGUAGCCUCUAUCACCUGUGCAGCAUCCACAGAAGGAGUGCCUGACUGCAAGAGCUGAAACUGAAGGUACAAUGUGGGAUCAGUGUGACUAAAACAGUGGUGGUACCUUAAGAGUUCAGUCUUGUUUUUCUAGACAAACAUCUUAAAAUAAACUAUAUGAUGCCCUCCAUGUUACAGAGGGAGCAGAACCCCUCUUACCCUUCAAGAUGAAUCUAAAUGGGCAAUAUGUGUACAAGCACGUAUUUGGGUGGGUGUGAAGGUUUAUUCAUGACUGACCAAACACUUUUCUAUAGAGAAUAAACUGGCACUGUUAGACUGGAAUGGAGUGACUGUGGUGUUUCUUUUUUCUUACUAGAAAUACCUACAGUGUUUUUACACAGGGUGUAAGUGUCCACAUUUGGCUAUAGGCAGCACUACCACUGUUUGUACAGGAAAUAAAAAAUGUUUUUGUUACUAAA